AUGGAACCUCACAACAGCAGAUACAGGGGAGAGAGUGAGAAGGAAGAAGAAGAUGAACGAUCUUCUGACUUAGGAGUUUUUAAUAUAGGAAAUGUCAUCUCUUUUGGAUUGUUCCUUUCUCCUGUACCUACAUUUUUGAGAAUUAUCAAGAACAAGUCCGUGGAAGAGUUCAAACCGGAUCCAUACCUAUGCACGGUCAUAAACUGUUUAUUUUGGUGUCUUUAUGGUCUUCCCUUUGUCCAUCCAAAUAACAUCCUUGUUACUACUAUCAAUGGCAUUGGGUUGGGCAUUGAGCUCAUUUACCUUGCCAUCUUUCUCACUUAUGCCUCUAAUUCUAAAAGGAAAUUUAUCGCUUGGGUUUUGCUUGGGGAGGUUGUCUUAUUUGUGGCAGUAGUGCUUUUAACAUUAUUUAUAUUCCACAACACCGAUAAGAGGACCAUCUUUGUUGGAGCUUUCUGUGUCGUCUUUAAUGUUUCUAUGUAUUUUUCACCAUUGACAGUCAUGAGAAAAGUGAUGAGAACUAAAAGUGUGGAAUACAUGCCAUUCUUUUUAACUCUUGCGGGAUUCUUAAAUGGUGUUUGCUGGACUGCUUAUGCAUUCAUCCACAUCGAUUUUUGGAUGGUGGUUCCUAAUGGCUUGGGAGCAAUUUCUGGCAUAAUUCAGCUAAUCUUGUAUGGAACUUACUACAAGACCACACCAAAAUCCAGCAAAUUGGAUGCAGUGAAACCUUCACAAGUUGAACUCCCACCCAGCAAGCCAAUUGAAGAAGUUUAGUGUUAUCAAUUUUUUUUUUCAAGUAGUUUAUUAGGAAAGAGUUUUGCAGAGGUUCUUUUAGUGAAUUCUUAAAUUUAUAUUUAUGCAAGUUUUCAAUACAAUUUAUUUUAGUAAUCAAUUUUGUUUUUAUUAUUCAAGCGUUUGUUAUUUAUGCAUGAGAUGUUUUAAGGAUACAACGAGAAAGAAGUUAAAGGAUGCAUUAUAUUUUUAAAGUUGGGCUGGCCUUUGUCCUCAUUCAAAGCCUUUGAAAAAAAAAAAAAGGUUACAAAGCUGGAUAAGUAAAGGAAAUAUAAAGACUACUCAAGCCAAUUUACCACUAUUUUUUUUAAAAGUAUUAUCCUUUUAAUUUUUGAAAUUGAUCAUGAUAUAUUUUUCUUUUUUUUUCAAUCAAUAAUAAAUUGGGAAAUUUUAAUCUCCGUAAAGAGGUUUGUCCGUCAAACUUAAGGGUCAUAACUCAUAAGUAGGUAGUAUGUUAAAAUUAUUAAGAUACUAAAAUUUUAAAAGCUUGUAAAAAUAGAAGUUAGUAAAA